GCUUGGUUUCUGGCCUUCUUCGCUCGCGCUCGCGCCCUUCGCCGCCCGCACCGACAACUGAGUACCCGGUCCGCUCCCUCAAGCGCCUUUUCUCAUGCCGGUUGCCACCUCUCCCUCCGCAGUGCCUCGUCCUACCACCGUCAAGAUGGAGGACAGGAAGAGACCCGCCGCCAACGCGGACGACGUUGCCCCUCCUAGCAAGCGACAGGCCGUCAACGGCACCAACAAGUCCAAGGACGACUCCAACGAUUUAAGGGAAGAGGCUUGGAUUGAGGAAUAUCAAAAAGGUGCCAUUUACCGGCAGAUGCUCGAGUACAAGCGGUCAAAGGUCGACCUAGAACACCGUCUACAAGAAGCCGAGAAAAGCGCGGCUUUUCACGAUGAUCAUUUGCGCGUUAUCAAGUACUGGCUAUCGCAGAGCUAGAGUUGAUUGCCGAAGGGUCACUCAAAUCCAUAACCCUGAAGCCCGCAGACUCCAACUGGGUAUCGAGCCUCGCCUUUAAGGACAGCAAGGAAUUCCGCCAACAUUUGGACGAUAUCAAGAAACCCGUCAUUUCCAAGGUCGAGUCGCUACUCAACAAGCUCGCCAGUUCCCGCGGCGAAGUC